AUGGAUGGCAGCGCAGGAAACCUCCAUUCGGCCGCGAUCCACGCCCUCCUGUCCGGCACCAACGCAGAUACCGCUGCAUUCGAAGCUGAGACCGGAUACCGACUCGAGUCAGAACCACGUCGCCCUGGUGGUUUGGUCGACGUGGGAUGCCGGACGUCAUGGGCAUCAACACGCUCGAUCGACUCGUACGUGAUCUCGGCGCAGCGGCGGGAGCGGACAAGCCGCCGAUCAUCACCGCCAUCGAUCGACGCACGGUGUGGGCGUGGCUGCCGUUCGGUCGCCGGGUGCCUGCGCCGGAUCCGGAGGUUCUCGCUGCGGCAGUGCCGUUGGACGGCGGAGCGCGGGUGGCAAUCGGACUGCCAGGGCAACCGCCGCCUAUUCGGUUGCUGCCGUGCCGGAUACGCCGCAACGGCCGGUGGUGAGCUUCGGGGACCGCGGCGUCGCUGUGGUUUCACUUCUGUCCGAGAACAUCGAUUCUACGAAGUCAUGGGUCUGGAGGUGCUAGGCCCGUUGGCGGACGAUACGCCUUCUGCUGCAUCCUUGCGGACGACGUUGAGUGUGUACUUCGCCCACGGAGAAAGCCAUCUGCACACUGCCAAUCACAUGAAUCUGCACCGGAAUACCGUGAAGUAUCGCAUCAACAAGGCGCUCGGAGAUCCAGUCGCUGCCGGCCGAGACAAGUUGGAUCUCGCUCUGGCCCCGCAGGUUUGUGAGUUGUUGGGUAGAUCGGUUUUGCGCCCCGCUAAAACCUCG